AUGGAGCAUGCCAUUUUGUUUCUGGUUUUACUCUUCGAUUUUUCGAAGUUAGUAUCGCGGCCGCGGUCGCGGAUAGGUCGUGAGUAGGUCCCGAAACGAACGUUUAUGUAGGUAUUGCUCGAGCACGCACAUGCGAAUGGACAACGAUCAGUAUGAUCGAUGGUCGUCCAUGUGUAUUGGCGUUAGCUUCCGCGGUUUAUUUUUUUAUUUCACCUUUAAAGACUCGAGCUAGACGUAAGUUUCAGAAAGAAGAGGCUAAAAGCCGAAGAGGCCCGGCAAACUGCCACGAAGAGGGUCACAACAAAUGGCUUCUCAUCCUCUGGAUCAUUCAAAUGAUUCCAGAGCAUGGGAUGUCAUUCUCUGUCACUAUGCUCCUUUACGUUGCGUUUACGAAAUGCCCAAAUUUUUCCACUGGAUUCGUGGAAGGCUGUUCUUGCUCCUAGAUCACUUGAUGCAGCUACAAGAGCUGUACAGAGAUGAUCAUUCAUCAGCAACCGUCAGUAUGGUUGUACUGGACGCGUCUCAAUUAGUGUUGCGUAUUUCUAAACAUGAGUGCAUAGAUUAAUAGCAUUGCAUACUUAUUUUCGCGAGUUUUAAAUAUGACAAAGCACUCUGCGCGUUUGAUUUUGAAAAUUUCCUGUUUCAUUAUUAAUGCUAGUGAAUUAGUGUUGCGAAACAAGUUACGCUUUGUUGCUCGAAUUUAUGUCGAAUUUAGAUUCGACAAUAGCCCUUCUGGUUAUUGUAUCGAGUAGAAAAUUUCUUUUAGUUCUUUUAGUAGCCUCUCGCGAUUUGUUUUUUCAGCAGCCCUUCUGGCUACCGUGUUAGGUUUUCUUUUUCUUUUUCAGCAUUCCUUACCACUGUGUUUAUGAAAAAUUACUGAAAAUACUGCUAAAAAAUAUAUACUUUUUUAUUAGACUAUAACUUUGUUAAAUUUUGUUAUAAAUUUAAUAUAUAUAUGAAAGUGUAACUGAUUUCAUGUGUCAAUUUGUCAAUCAUGUUUCAUAUUUUGCAAUGAACAUAUUUUGCACAAUUCUUUCUAUUCUUCGUGCUACAUAACGAAUAAAUAAAAGUUGAAAAAUAAAUCAAAAUGUGAUUUUAAUCGAAUCUCCUUUCAUCUCUGUAUCAAAGAUAAAUUUUCAAUUUUUGACUUAUUUCAGUCUAAUUUAAAUCCAAUCACUAGAGUUUCUUGCUUUCAAUUUUCAUAAUUUUGAGUAAAAAUAUAUUUAAUUCAAUUUAAUUCAGUUAACAAAAUAUAAUUAUGAAAUAAUAUAUCUCGACAGUAACCUAAUUUUCUUUUGUGUAUGUAAUAUGUUUUCAUUGCAGAUCUUUUUAUUGUUUUUUUUUUUUUUAUUUAAAUUAUAAUACUAAUCCAAUAUGUAAAUUUGUUUCAGAUACAUUAAUUUACAGAAUAUUAGUUACAGAAAGUAUACAGUGAUACUAAAGAGAAAGAUGGAAUAUGAAUCAAAGAAAGUGACUAAGUGGAAAAAAUUGUUGAAACAAAAUGAUGUUUCAUUCAACUGUAAUAGUUAUAUUUUACAGGUUUUAUCAAUCUUUUUCUUAGAUUUGUCUUGGAUACAAAUUAUAGAAUCAAUACUUCACUUCGCGAAGAUUUGACAACCCUGAAUGAUUUUCAAAGAUCAUAUUUCUAGCGCAUUUAUUACUUGACCAACUUCGAUCGUUUUACUUGAUAUAAUAAUAAAUAAAUGUUCCUUAACUCACCAUUGUUUAAACAUAGAGUGCAUUAAAAAACCAAUUAUUUUUUACUAUGUCGGUAUUUCAGAUCACGGGCCACGAAAUCCCAUAAGAUCUUUGGUCUAUUCAUAUAUCUUGUUUGUGCUCAAAACAAAAAGGGAAUUAGAAUGUUUCGUUCUCUGUGAUUUAUCAAGCCAAAAUUAGUAUUUUACUUAUUUAAUUUUUUUGCACAGAUUAGUAUCAGUAGUUCGUCGACAGAUGGAACAACCAUGUUCGAAACAGAACACUUGUAUAUAAUCAUAUAUAAUUAAUUAAUUACGUGGAAAAUCGAGAUGAUAUUAUACAGAGAAGGUUUCCAAGGCUUUGAUUUAAUUUCUAAGACGUUCAAAAAAUCUUUAUAUAUCGAUAAAUUUGAUUUUUUGUUUUUAAUUUCACAGGUGCACAAGUUAGUUCCACUCUCUCUCCGCUGGAUGGCUACACUAUUUCUAUAUUCAAAAGAAAACUGAAGAAUAUUUGAAGAUAAAUCGAUGAACUUUUAUAUUUUACAUUUACUCAGUUUUUGUUUCUAUAUUUCGUGCAAUUUGUGAAAAGCAUACGUGAAGAUUUACAAAAUUUUUUCAAUAGAUCGAGACACCAGCUUUGAUAAUUUCUCGCAAAUUAUGUCCAAGACUUGGAUCAAAAUUUGUUGUGAUUAUAGUGGAAGAUACUAGUUUCGAAAAGUACGUAUAUUGAAUGCAAAAUAGUUAUUUAAAAAUACUUAACUUAUUAAAAGAUUGGCGGUUAAUUGUCGGUGA